AUGAGGAACGUUGCAGAGACAAGGACAAAUCGUCCCUCCUACGUGACGAGGAAAGAUACCCCGUGUGGUGACGCUGUGUCGACCCAUCAUCCUUGUGUGACCCUGCCAGACCACCGCUACCCGGCCAAUACAUAUGGACGAGGAUACCACGCAUCAGCGGGCGGAGCCCUGCUAAAGGGGGGCACGUCAAAUGGAAACCAGGCCAUUCCAACCACCCAGAUAAACAGCCUGGCUGCACUUAAGAUGGGUAGAAUGGGAAGUCCCCAGGUAGAUCCAGCGAGACAAAGUUGCGACGGGAGUAGUCAGGUGCAUCUGGCGGAUGGGUCGUCGUCUUUGUUGCAUCUGUAUGAAAAUGAAAAGUACUGGAGCGACGACAAAGGGUUCGUGAAGCACCCGUCAGCCGCGCAAUCGUCCACUGCGCAAUCAUCGACUGCACACUCGUCUGGGGUGCAUUUGCCCAUGGUGAACUCACCAGUGGUGUAUCGUUUGAGCGAGGAAGCGAACGGCAUGGGGGGGAGAAGAGUUGGUCACAGUGCACGAGGGGAACAGACCAAUGGGAGGAGUGUAAGCCAGUUGGCUCAUCACAACCAGCGGGUCAACAAGGGGAAGGAAUCUCAUGCAGGGUGCUUCUUCCCCGGGGGAAUGGACAAGAUAUACACAGGUGACGACUUGCAUGGACACACCAAACGAGCACCUUUAAUGAAUGCUAGUUAUGUUGGGUCUUCUGAAGGGAGCAUAGGUCAGGAGGUUCUUCAUUCCUGGUGGGGUGACGGAGCCAAAUUGGGGAGUCCCUCGAGCGAGGCUUCCAAUGGUUACACUGUUCCCAGUGCCCACUACCACAAGCUGGGUCAUACGAACAGCACUCCGGGCGUCGUCCUUCUUCCCCUGAAUAGAAGGACAAGAGAUACAUCCACGAGAUGGUAUGCAAGUGGGAAGGACGCAGAUGCAGGGUUGGUUCACAAGUGGAGCAGUGGUCGGUGGAGCGGAGGUCACUUGAGCAAAACCUCCGAGUACAGCUACAGAGAUUUUGGCGGCGUCAUGUAUCGUGGUAUGCGUGACGGGAGUUGUUACCCUGAUGAUGCGUCUGUGGAGAGCCUUCCGAGGAAUAGUUUCCCCUGGGGGAGCAGCAAAGAUUUCCUUACAGCACAGGAUAACAGUGACGUCGCUGUGUUGGGAGUAGGGGGGAGGCACUACGGGAGUGGUGGGCAGUGGCAUGACCAGACUCAUGUUAGAAGACUGUCCGGGGAUAGCCUCUUCCAAAGUGGUGUUGUGAAGCACUUGGACGAAGGCGGUUACACAGGUGGGCUGGAGAGUCUGGAGUCGAUUUCCCCUGUGGGAGGGGUCAGCUCAUGGGAGAAGGCAACCGAUGGGGCCACCGCUCUGCGUAAUGAGGAUAGUGCCCUUGGGGUGGAUGCAGACCGAAUCACCGAAUGCACCUACAAGAACAGCGACUUCACCGAGUGGGUUUCUCACAACCAGUUGGUGAAGAACAUCAUUUCGUCUCACAACGAGGAGGGUGAUGUGGACAAGCACGGGCUGUAUAGCCUCCUAUUUGACGCCUACGGACAUAAUAAAGAAGCGUUCCGCAAAUACCUCAAGGGAGACCACGACACGAGCAUGGAUGUACAGAUUGGCCAGGCAGUUGAGGAAAUAAAAAAGGACAAGAAGAAAAGUAAAAAAAAAAGCAACACCAUUGUUGAAAAAAUAAUUUUCCUCAAGUACCUAUUCAAUGAAUACGCACACACAGACUACCCCAACUUGAUUUCCUUCAAAUGUUUCAAGCAAAUGUUUGAGUCAUACAAAAAUGUUUUUGCCUCUGAAAAAAUUAUUUUGUUCAUUUUCAACUGCCUAGAUCGAUGUAGGAGGUAUUAUGUGAGCGAGUCCGAUUUCCUAAUUGGUAUGUUGGCUUGCAGUCCACACAUGGACAAUAACAUUACGAAGGACACAGGAAGGUUAAGACACCAACUGAUCUUCAGAGCAUAUGAUCUGGACCGCGAUGGUUACUGGAGUAGAGAUGAGAUGUUUGUUUUUUUAUACCAUUUGUAUGAGCUGUCCAAGGGUUCCAAGCACAUGGAACUGAAGGCAAACAAAAGGAGGAUGAAAAAGUUUGUAGCUGUUCAACGGGACAAAUUGAUGCACACAUGUGAGAAGAUUAGCUACGAUAAUUUUUACCACCUUGUUGUGGAGGGGAAGGUGGAAGGCACUGAGAAUUUACUCAGAUCCAAGUGCGACGUGGCCAGUGUUGUGAAGACCUACUUUCUUUACACCUACGCGGGGGGAAGCAGCUUCACUACGUCCAUUGAGGGAGAUACAGACGAUACGGGUACUUCGGUUAAGGUGCAGCUGGAUGGGGAGCAGGGCGGGAAACACGAACAGAGUGUGGACGACGUGCACGGGACGCAGUUGAAGGGUGACACCCCGCAGCAGUGCGCUUCUUUACAGUUCAGUGCAGAGUCUACCACGGGGGAUCCCAACUCGGAGGAGCCUCCACGCAUAAGCGCUACUUCACUUAAGGGCGAGGAUGAGCAGGGGGACUCUCAGGAAGUAGUGCAGCCUACACAGGCGCAUAUCACAACUGGUUCGAAUAGCAAUCAGGACGGGAAAAGGGACGAUAAAUUGGAGGAGAAAAUUGAGGAACAACAUCAGAGUGUUGGGGAAGCGGUGGAGGAAGAACCCCCCUGUGGCCACUCGAAUGGGAACUCAAAAGGGAGCGACAUGAAUAGCGCGGAGAAGGGGGAACAUGAAGUUGUGGAAGUGGGUGACGUGUCCAGCGACGUGGCGCAGGAUGAACUGAGCACCCCCCCCGGGGAGGAACCAGACAAGGCGAGCAGCACAGACAGCAUACCGCAUUUCGGGGAAGGCGAAGAAGAGCAGCAGGGGGAGGAGCAACCAGAGCAGGAUAAAAAGCGCGAUACUCGUAUGAAGCCCGAACGCAGUUGGAAAAGCUGCGUGGAACAGAUGAAGGAGAUCGUCAAGGCGUACAGAAAAAAGUACCUGACCGAUAGGACAAGAUUGUUUGGACUGAACCAGGACGUCGCAUUUAAAAUCUUCACAACCUUUUACAGAGUGACUUAUAAGAGGAAGAGGGAGAAGUAUAUGGCACAGUUUGAUGACCUCUGUACAGGUGCGUGUACCUACAACGACAUUAUACUUUUGUGUGAUGAGGCCGUGAAGGUGUUUAAGGGAGAGGAUUCAAUUGAGCAUGUAGACCUCCCCUGCAAAGUGUUUGGAGAUUUGCAUGGAAACAUUUUUGACCUACUGGACUUUUUUAACAUGUACAAUUGGCCCUUGCAUGGAGACACCAACGAGUGGUUGAGUGUGGACGAGGUGGCUACGUCAGAUGCGACGUGUAUGUCUGUGGGGAAAGCAAAUGAGGCCAGUGUUGCUAACAUGGCUGCGCAUGAGAAGGAUGUGAAAUAUGUUUUCCUGGGCAAUUAUGUAAACAGGGGAAAUCAUUCGUUGGAAGUCAUUUGUCUUCUACUCAGUUUAAAAAUUCUUUUCCCCAAGCACAUAUAUUUGUUAAGGGGUAACCAUGAGGAAAGGUUGUUUAAUUACGUUCAUGGGUUUUACGCAGACAUUGAAAAUAAAAUGGAGCGCAAUGGUAACAGAGUAGGGUUGAUCAGAUACCAGGGGGAAGUGAUACAAGCUCAUGCUUAUGAAUUAUUUAACCGCAUUAAUGAUGUGCUAGAGUUUUUACCCCUGUCCGUGUUAGUAGGGGGAAAUAUCUUAUGUGUACAUGCAGGCAUUGGGGACAGCUUGCAUAAGGUGGAAGAUUUUGGGGAUGUUCACAAACCCAUUGUCGUUCCUCAAUGUGUGGACAGAACAAGGAAUGGAAAUUAUGAACGUGUUCAUAAAAUUAUUGUUGACACUUUAUGGUCUGAUCCAAUUAAUUAUGAAGAUGAACAGGACAUGUUUCUUUUGCAGAAAUUAAAAUCGGGGGAAGAGGAUAUUAUUCCUUCUAGUCGAGGGAAAAUUACUCUUAAAUUUGGUCAGAAGAGAUUGUCUUCUUUUUUGAAGAAGAACAAAUUAAAAAUGGUCAUUCGAGGACAUGAGUGUGUACAGGAGGGGUACAGGUAUGGGUAUAGUAGGCGUCUGCUCACUUUGUUCUCCGCCACGAAUUACUGCGGCAGGUAUGGCAACGACGCGGCCAACGCUUUCAUCGUUAAGAGGGGAAAGAGCAUUGUCAUUUUUAAUCAAAUUUUGAAAUGCCCGGGUGGGGGGCAGCUGGAAGGAAGUCAUCAUGGAGAGGAGAUGACAACUGGACAGUUGGAAGCGCUACACAAUUUGAAGCGAGAUGGCACACCUGAUGGAGGAUCUCUCGAGACAGAGCACGGUGUCCCCUACUCGCCAGAGCCUCUUCACUGGGGCAACUUGCCCCAUGAGGUAGGCCAACCGCAACACGGCGUACCCGCGUUGAGUGGGCAAGCAGUAAUGGCCAAUGAACACUCCCCCUGGAAAGUUCCCCCCCUUGGAGCAGAGAAUUGGAGAAGUGGUAGUCCAUUCUCCAGGGUUGACCAGAUUGGGGAUGCCUCUACCGAUCGUAUGGGCAGCCACCCGAAGAUCACCAUGAGCAAAGUAGCAUACAGUGUUAGAAACGUCGGGGGGGAACACGACCACGACAAAGACGAUGAUGAGGAAGAAAUGUCAUGCAACGGGGUGCACGAGGAAGUUACCGCUUUUAACCCCAAUGAGAAGGAGUUGACAUCGGAUGCGGAUUCAGUGGAGGACAAGACCUUGUGCAACUCCGCUUCGGAGGAGAGAGACGAUGCUCAGAUCAAUCACAUCCUCAGGGAUAGCCAUUCAAUUGUUAAAAGGAAAUUGCGAGACACGAGAAGUAAUGAACACAUGAACUGGGGGGCAGCUGUGCAGUUGGGCAAGAGGGAAGGCGUACCCAGUCGCUUCCCGUGCAGCGGCGCAGGUGUGGAGGGCGCUAACCGUCAGGACGGCCACUUCCUGAGCCACUCGCGUAAUAGCAUGGGCGAUGACCAUUCGAAUGGAGACGCAACAGAUGAUAACAUGGAAAGCGGUUCACUAAGGAAGAGCAUCCGUGCGAAGGGGACCUUUUCAUCGGAAGAGGACUGUUCACAUGUGAGCAGCGCGAGGAACUACACUGGAGAGCUUCUCUCCUCCAAACGCAGUCACUUCAAAGGUGAAGGUUUGGAGAAGGCACAGAACCGAAAGCAGCAUAAAUCCCAUUUGAAGGCAGAUCCUCAUUGGGAAGGGGAAUACCUUUAUGCUGAUUACGAACAAUGCUCAGACAACCUCUCCCACGGAGAUGCUUUGAAGGAUCCCUCUUAUAAUGAGCCAGAUAGCAGCGACGAAUUUCUGUGUACAGGGGGGAUGAAGCAAGACAGUCGAGUAAACACAAAUGCCAUCAUCGAGAAAUUUUUCCAACAUGGAGAAAAAGAUCAUUGGAGUGGUAAACAUAUCUCCACUGACCAUUUGGAGGAUAAGGAAGUGGAAAGGGGGGGCGAUUUAAAUCAUUACCAGUGUGCAAAGUUGACUCCCUUGUCUAAGCGAACGAACGAUAUGAAUGUGAAGACGGGAGAGGAUGGCGGUGAGUGGGGGCAGAAUGGAAGUUGUGCAAACCUGAUGGAUGAGAUGAUGAGUAAACCGAUGGACUACAUGAUGAUGCCGCCAGAUUUGGGCCUUGUUAAUAGGCCAAAAGUGCGACGGGACACCCAUUCGAAUAUGCAGAAGAAGGACCAUGGCUCUACCACCCUGCGCAGUUUGAGAAGUUUGAGGAAUGAACACAACACGAGCGAAUCGCUCAGCAAGCUACAAAUGCAAUGCUUGCCGCCUGACCCCAAGCCGCAGACAAAAAUUUCGCUUCAAAAAAAUAUUGACAAGUUGGAGGAUGACGUGUAA